GUUUGUUGUGGUGUACUGUGCAGUUUUUUUAAGUAAACAGUUUGUAAAAAUCCUGUUACACAAGUUGUUUCUUUAUUUAACCAAAAAGUGUUGUGUUUUGGGUCAAGAUGUUGAUUUCUAAUCUUCCGACGCGGUAUGCGGUGGCUGCCCUCGGCCUGAUGGGCAUGGCUGUGAUCUACGGUCUACGCGUCAACAUCUCCGUGGCGAUUGUAGCCAUGGUCAACCACAGUGCCCUGGAACAUAUGAAAAUAAUGAAGACAGUUGAUACAGUGGUCCUGACCAAUUCCACAGAUAAUGCAUGCGGCUUUCAAAAGGAAUCGAGCGAUUUGCACGAAGAAGACGGACCUUUUCUAUUUACUGCGCAGCAGCAAGGAUUGAUAUUGAGCAGUUAUUAUUGGGGAUAUCUCGUGUCAAUGAUACCUGGUGGACGUAUAUCCGAGCUGUAUUCCGCCAAAUGGGUAAUGUUCUUCGCGGUGGUGAUGUGCAUGGCCAGCACUCUGCUGACGCCAAUUGCUGCCAUAUAUGGAGGCUAUGCAGGAGUCAUAGCUUGCCAAUUCUUUAAAGGAAUCGGUGGUGGAGUCACAUUUCCCUGCACACAUUGUCUUCUAUCACAUUGGUCUCCAAAAGAAGAACGUUCGAAAUUGUCUUCCUUGACAUACACCGGCACUUGCCUAGGUACUGUGAUAUCUCAAUACAUGUCAGGCGCACUUUCUAGCCAUUUAGGAUGGGAAUCGGUAUUCUACGUAAGUGGAUGUUUAGCUGUUCCCUGGGUAAUAUCAUGGGCAUUUUACGUCACGGAUUACCCUAGUCAACAUAAAUACAUAGGUAAGGCAGAACGCGAGAUGCUUGAGACAAAAAUACAGAGUUCUGCCACCGCUGAGAAACCGAAAUUACCUUGGCGAGAUAUAGUGAAAUCUAAACCUUUUUGGUCCAUAGUAAUUUGUCACACAUGCUCAAACUGGGGUUACUAUGUUCUGCUUAUCGAGCUGCCAAUAUAUUUGAGGACUAUUUUAUUAUUCGGCAUUGAAGAGAAUGGUGUAAUAACUGCAAUAUCAUUUCUGGCUAUGGCAAUAUCCACCGUAAUUUGCGGAUAUGUUGUUGAUCAUUACAUCAAGAAAGGAUCUAUUUCUAUAGGAAAAGCAAGGAAGUUAUCCACAACAAUAUCGUCCUUGGGUCCAGCUCUCUGCAUGGCUCUCAUAACCUUCGUCGGAUGCCAGCGAUACGUUGGCGCCGCUCUCCUCUGCAUCGCGGUGGCAUGUCACGGUGCAAUGUUCAGCGGUUUCGUCAUCAACCACAUGGAUAUUGCGCCCAAAUUUGCAGGAACCCUGAUGGCAUUUACUAAUGUACCCGGAACUGUUUCGGGAAUAAUUGUUCCAGUGUUCGUCGGCGCUAUAACAAACAAUAAUAAUACUGUGGAAGCUUGGAGGAUAAUUUUCUUUGUAACUGUUGGAUUAUAUUUUAUAGAAUUUAUUGCUUUCACAGUAUGGGGAAGCGGGGAGGAACAGUCUUGGAAUAAAGGAGGGACAAGCGAUAACCUUAAUAAUGUUCAAUUAGAUGUUACAGAUAAUGUUAAACCUACACCUAAUGGUAAUAACACAAUGCAGGCAUAA